AUGGCGUCCACACAAUCCGGCUUCACAGAAACCACUCCGGGUACGAAGGUUCGGGUAGUAGCAAAGAUUCGUGGGUUUUCGGAUACAGAUACCAAUUUCGAAACCUCCAAAACUGUGGAGUGGGUUUUGGUGAACACAAAAAAUUCUGGAGAAGUUACCAUCUCCUUUAAAGAACAAUCUUCUAGUCAGUAUUCAGUUGACCACUGCUACAACGAACGUGAAGAUAAUGAAGUUAUCUAUUCAAAGGAGUUGAAACAUCUUGUUUCGGCUGCAUUUGAAGGUAUUAGUAGCACGGUUAUUGCUCAUGGAGCUAGAGGCAGUGGAAAAACUCGAUUGAUUCAGGGCUCUUUGGAGAAAUCGGGUUUGGCAAUGCUGGCUAUUUCGGAGUUUCUCUCGGUGACCGAGAAAAAUGGAAAAUCUAUAGCAGUUUCUUUCUAUGAGGUUGAUCAAGACCAUGCUAAUGAUUUAUUAAACCCAGAACAAUCACCAAUUUUAGUGCUUGAAGAUCACGGAAGAAUUCAGUUUAAAGGACUUACUCAAACUACCGUGAAAUCCAUUGCCGAAUUUCGGAAUUUAUACAUCACAGCAUGUUCUGCACACACGGCUGCACCCAAAAAAGGAUUUGAGCGUGCUCGUAGAAGCCACUUGGGAUUAAUUGUUCAUGUCUUUGCACAAAAUGAAAGUGUAAACAGUCUUGUGAGCAAAAUGAAUUUUGUUGAUAUGGCAGGUUAUGAAGAUGCUAGAAGGAAAAUUGGUGAUGCUUCUGUUGUUGCUGAGAAUAACAAAAUUAACAAGUCAAUUUACGCCUUAUUGAAUGUUUGUCAUGCUUUGAGCACAAAUGAAAGUCGUGUCCCCUUUCGGGAAAGUAAACUCACACGCAUGUUGCAGGACUCCUUGAGGGGAACUAGCAAAGUUGUGUUGGUUUCGUGCUUGAACCCAUCAUUUUGCCAAGACACUGUGUACAUGCUUAGCUUAGCAUCACGGUCAUGUCAAAGGUCUCAUCGAACACCCUUUGGUUCUAUGAAAACUGCUAGUUCAACAAGACAGACAGUGAACUUCGAUUCCACAAAGAAAAUUGCAAGUUCAGUUACCUUAAAUUCCUCAAAGAAAAGUGCAAGUUCAGUAAGACAGACAGUUACCUUAGAUUCCACAAAGAAAAAUGCGAGUUUAGUAAGACAGACAUUCGUGACUAUUCGUAAAAACAAGAUACCCAAAAAUGUUUCUGCAUCAACAAAGGAAUUACCAGGUUCCAUAUCUCAUAUAUAUGAUGAAGAAACAUGUGUUGUUGCUAAGAAAUCUGAAAUACAAGGAAGGAAAUUGUUUGAUGAAGUCAGCCACUCUGCUGCUAAAGCCAAGAAGGACAAUUCAUUAUCAGAAGAUGGAUAUCAUCACGUUCAACUAAACUCCAAAGUUGAAAAGGUUGAAUCAUCUUUGAACACUAGAAGUGAAGUGGAACUUGAUCCCAUAGUGGAAAAGGUUACUUCUUUUGAGGAUAAAGAGGAUAUGCAUGUCCCUUAUAUCAUUAAUUACUCCAAAGAUUUGUCAAUAGCUAACGAAGGUCUUAACAUGAACAAAGAGAACAACAACUUAAUGGAAAAUGAAGAUUGUUCUCCACCAAUUAGUUCUCAAUUGCGUGAACUUCAAUCUCUCGUUUCAUCAACUCCAUUAUGCAUGCAGUUACCAGAGGAGAAAUUCAUUUCACUUGAUGAUGAUCAGAUUUCUACUAAAACUGCAGAACCAAGAACUCCUGAUACCGAAAACCUAGAUGUAAUGAAUACUAAAAGUUUUUGGGAAACAUUCAACAUGCAUCGUUCUGGAAUGAAUUAUACUGAAGUUACAAAACCAAGAACUCUUGAUAUUGAAAUACGAGAUGUAAUGAAUGCCAAAAGUCCUUGGGAAACAUUCAAAAUGCAUGGUUUUGGAAUUGGAACGAAGAAUUCUACUGAAGUUACUGAACCAAGAACUCUUGAUAUUGAAAUACGAGAUGUAAUGAAUGCCAAAAGUUCUUGGGAAACAUUCAACAUGCAUGGUUCUGGAACAAAGAAUUCUACUGAAGUUACAGAACCAAGAACUCCAGAUAUUGACAUACGAGAUGUAAUGAAUACCAAAAGUCCUUGGGAAACAUUUAACUUGCAUGGUUCUGGAAUGAAGAAUUCUCUUGUUAAAGACUACCUUAUGAUUUUAAACACAGCGGAAAAGGAUGAGUUAAAGAAGUUAAAGGGAAUUGGAGAGAAGAGAGCAAACUAUAUACUUGAGCUUCGCGAAGAAUCUCCAGAACCUUUCAAGAGUCUCGAUGAUUUGAAAGAUAUUGGACUUUCCGAGAAACAGAUUAGAGGAAUGAUGAAGAAGGAAGUUGGAGAGCUUUUCAAUUAUUAG